AUGGGACGACAAGAGGAAUAUCCGUUCCAAGGGCAAUACCUUCCGAUACACCCUCUCAGACGAUUCAAUAUCAACAUGAGUCCGUUCUCUUCUCUCGUACCUUGCGCAGAAGCUGAUCUUAGGUCUGAAUCUGGUAUGACAAUGACGAUCAAACUUGAGAAUUCCCGGAUUCAAUUGGAAAUCCGUCAAGGAGCAAUUACGUUGUUAAACCGAUGUUUUGGGCUCUUGCGGACAUUGAAUGUAGGACAGUACAAACCCAAGAUCGUACAUGAUGCCAUGGACGCUUUGUUGAGGUAUGAUUGGCCAUCCGGGCAGAAAGUUACAUCACCGAUGCAAGAAAGAGUUCAGAUACGUUUUCCUACUAAAGAAGAACGCAAUAGGUUUCUUCAUUUAGCCCAACCAUACUUUUCCAUAUCUACCCCCGCAACGUCGGGUCGACAAGAGAAACCAGGGGUUGUCAAGUCGAUCUCAGAUUCACAACCUAACAAACGACUCAACCCUAAGUCGUAUAAUCAAUCAAGUACACAAAGCCUGCAACAGAGUCGAACUCAAACCCAAUCUCCAUCUCAAGUGCAAACUCAAUCCCAAUCUCAAGUGCAAAGUCAGAGUCAAGCGCACAUUCAAGGUCAAAGUCAAGAUCAUACUCACGCAGAAAGUCAAACAUGGAGUCAACUUCAAAGUCAAGCUCAAAGCCAACUUUCCUCGUCUACCUUACCUACUUACUCCUCUCCACCCAUCCGCCCGCCUCAUCCCAGUCAGACUCAAAUUUGGCGAGGACAACCGUGGGUUUCUCAAGAAAUACCUCCUCCGCCGAUGUAUCAAACCGGACCACACUCGCGAUAUCCAACUCAACCACCUUAUUCUUCUGACCCGUACUCGUACUCACAUCUUACUCAUUUUCCACCCUUUCCUUAUCUCUACCCUCAUGCGCCUGCCCCAUACCUUCCUCCACAUCCCAACAAUGCAAAUUAUCUUACUGAAAGGUCUGAACUUACAGUGACUCAACCCAAUGGUCCGAACCAGUCGUGCAGGCGUGAAGAAACGAGGAAUGACCAUACUGACAGACCGACUCUCCAAGGUAAUGUUGCGACUGUCGGAGAGGAGGUACAACAGAUAGAAGAGAGUCAAGAGGGGACAGAAAGAAGGAUUUACGACCUUGAUCAAGCAAAACUUGAGCAGCUGGUGCUGGAUGUCAUUCUGGAGAGAGGGUUUGAAGAAUUGGUAUCUAUCUCGUUCUACUUCUGA